AUGUAUCGAUUUCCAACUUCAGGGAACAAUAUAACGCUCGCUACUAGCAAAAAAAAUUCAAAAUUAACGAUUGAACCUGUUACUUUUAAUAAUGUGACAGAAGGGGAUUAUUUCAGUCUUAAUAACAAGAAUAAGAAUAAUAGUAGUGGCCAUAGAUCGCAGAAAAGAAGGGAUUAUCCAACAACUAUUUCAACUCCCACAGAGCUUUUUGCAAAGAACCUUUAUGAAGCUGUAUUAGACAUAGAUGAUUCAUAUGAUUGUGGAUAUGUUUAUAAUACAAAUGAGAGUCCAUCAUUUUCUUUAAUAAUAUUAAAAGAGGAUUCGACAAUGUCAUUAGAGAAGUUAAAUAAGAGUAUAUAUUAUAAAAGACCUGUAUUAAGGUCAACUGUUUCUGAGCUAUUGCCUUCAAGAAAUGAUAGCUAUUUUUAUAACAAUAAUACAAGUUCUAUAUCCAAUCAGUUCCAUUAUCAGCGACAAGAACCAUUUCAAUCAAGUGAUGACGAUCAUGAACAUUCACCUUUACUAUUUUAUAAUAAAACUACUAUAAAGAAAAGGAAGAAUAGAAACAAAUGGAUUAUUACUAUUCUGAGCUUAUUUGUUACUUUUACCAUUGUCUAUUUCACGUUUUUAAUCUUCCCUCUAAGGUCAAUUGAAGUGAUUUCUUUUGGAAAUGUUCUAAGCACUCAGAAACAAUUAUUUUUAAAUAUUUUUGUUCAAGCAAGAAAUAGAAAUGGAUUUAAAGUUCAAAUAUCACAUGGUUCUAUUGAUCUAUUCGCUACAAUAGAAUUCCUCGGUACUAUUGAAACCUUAGAAGUUCCUCUUAUAUUCGAACCUUCUUCGACAUUCUUUUAUUUUAACUCAUCAUCAAAAAAAAGUAUUGCAACUAGUCAAAUUCAACUUAAAUAUCCAGGUAAAACAAAAGCAGGAGAUAUAGAUGGAAAUGAAAGAUGGUCAUCAUUAAUUCGAUAUCCUUAUGAAUUAACAAUUCGAGGCGUCCUGAAAUAUCAAUUAUUUCCUGUUAUUGGAACACAAGUUUAUUCCGUAAGAAUCUGUAAAAUGAUGCAGGUAGAUCCAGCCACUGGGAUUGUAAGGAAAAUAGCAUCUGAUAAAGAAAACUCUAUUUGCAAUGAAAGAUGA